ACUUCCUGUAUUAAAAUGAAUGGUAAUCUUGUUUAUCGAACGUUGAAUAACUUGGAACGCUAAUGGUUAGUAUCCAGUUUUAGAACUUCCUCUGGUUCAAGCAAUAUUCAUUUCGUGGCGAGAAUUGCAACGGUGGUGGGCGUCCGUAAAUCUUGCUAAUUGAAACGAUUCAACAUGUUGCGCUCAAAAUUUCAGUCUGUUUUGGUGAGCGUUGUUUGGGUUUGCUUUAUUACCCGGGCGCAAUGUUUUGGUAAUUUUCACAAGGAAAAAUCGAACCGAGGCUUGAACGAUUGUGAACAAAGAUGUCAGAAUUAUGUUUCCACGGAAGCUUCCAUGGGGAAUUUACAACAGUCAAGGCGGGCGUGUUUGGGAAAGUGCCGAUCUUCGAACGAAGAGAAUUCGGAGAAUGCUAGAACCACGACCUCUAGUCCCAGGACGCGCUCGACCUCUGAAUUCUUGAACUCUGUAGAUUCACCAACUGCAACAAAUGCUUCUGAAAACGCUUGUCCGAAAGGAGAUCAGUAUGCUCCCAGAUCAGACGAAAUCGUACCAGGGGAGGUGACAGAGGUGGAUGUAAAAUUCGUGCAGGUGAAGGAAGGAGACAGCCAGGAAUGGGUAGCGAGAGUGAACUGGACACGACCAAAAGACGUGAAUAUUACGUCUAAAUGGCGUGGAUACAUCGUAAUAUGGUUCUCAGAAGACUCAGAUAACUCAAACCAAUUUGCAAAAGUAACGAACUGCAAACUGGUGUCCAAGAUUAAACCACGUUUUAACAUUAGCGAAACAGAUGGAUGGAAAUAUCCUAACACUCUUUACCUCACCAUUGUUGCUUUGCCCACGCAUCUACAAGAAUUUCCAUUGCAAGACUAUACGCCUCUCAGAGCAGGUUGGAGAGGCGGGAAAGUAUACAGUCCAGCGAAUUACUCUAAAGGUCAUAAAAGUUUCAAAGAGAAAUCCUUUCUCGUGAUUCUUGCUGGAGCUUUGAUGGGCUUUUCCAUGAUUCUGAUCUUGUACAUCUGCCUUACCAGGCGAAAAGCGUACAAUGGGGGCAAACUGCUCUUGACAAGCAAGAAAAAACAAGAAAAGAGAGAAGACGAGCUAAAAAAUGAAGCGGUUGUGAUUCAAAACCCUUGUUCUGGUGUUAAGCACUUCUUGUAGUUUUGUGGCCUUAACUGUGUUUAACGUGUACAUUUUAUGGGAAAUUUUUUCACUGUUAAAGUAAUACAUAAUAGGUGUUUUUCGAAAGCUUUUCUAACCAACAAGGGUUUGAUUUCCUUUCCAACAACUUUCAUUGAAAGAGGAAGACAGUAAUAUUAAAAAAAACUAAAGGUAGUAAAAAAAAAAAGAUCUGUCCUUCAUGCAUUCAUUAUUUUAUAUACACUUUUAUCUAUGUUUUAUUAUAGCAAAGCUGUGUAAACAGAAACGAAUAGUUUCUCUCUGUUUAUUUUCUCUAUCGUCUUCUUGCUCGGGGCUUGAAGAAACAAAAAUGGCAUCAGUUAAUAUGACUAAAGAGGGAGAUAAUUUUUAUAUGUGAGGGUGUGCUGGAGUUUGCAUGUGUUUUUAUUUCAAAUUUUGUUUAUUAUCAAAACUACGUACGGUUUGAGGAAAGCACCGGUCAGCACACGGCUAUUAAAACCACCUACAAGGUUAGGUCGACUACGAUGUUAUAAGCAAACAAUUGUAAUUAUUUAGCUAUAAAAAAUGAAUUGAUAGCAUGUUAUAAAAGCAUAUAUUCUCCCAUGUUUGAAAUGUGAGAAAUCUUUA